CGCCCGUGGCGUCUGUCUCGUUUAUCACCGGCAGUUCUCUCGCGAAACCAGUACCCGCCAGCUGUCGUCGAGUUUCUCCGUCCGUUUGCGCGUCGGGAGGCUCGGCCCGAUUCGUGCAUGUCGUACGUAUAGUGUGCCUACACACCCACACCCACACAAGGAUGGAGGGUUCGGUGGCUCUGCAGUGCGAUUUGCUGCCGCAGCACGCAACGUCGCCGUCCCCGUCGGCUCUGACGUCGCCGAGGCCGAGUUUUCGGUGCCCCAGUACCAGCAGCAGCAGCACGGAUGACCACCACCACCAACAACAACAACAACUCAGGAGAUUGAGCCGGCAAUCCCAGCAGCAGCGCAUGAGCGUGUGGACCACCGGCGAGCACGAUUGUCACGGAAUCGAGAACCGACAUGCCGCGAAGCACGAGAAGCGCCCGUCGCAGAAGCUCGAGUCCUCCUGGCCGUUUUCACUAAAAUCAAGGGGGGGGGGGAUGGGGAGGGGGGGGGGUGGAAGGGGAGGCGGCGGGGGCGGUGGUCGGGGAGGCUCGGGGGUCGGCGGCGGAGGGGGAGGCGGCCGGCGGGCGCCGAGCCUCAGGUUGGUGAACGGGCGGCCGACUACGGGCGUCGGAUUGCACACGAGCAGCACCGAGUCCGUGCGAUCGCCCCAUCACUACCUCGGCGCUCACGGUAACGGCUACCACAACAACAACAACAACAAUCAUCCGAGGUUGAACAAGGAUGACAGCAUCAAGAUCAGCAUCGAGAACACCAACACCUGCACCGACAGCCUCGUCACCGCUUUAGACGACGAGACCCUCCUCAUUAGCGACUUUCUCGGCGAUACAGGCAACGAAAUGAAUUACAAGGGAAGCGGCAAGGUCCACUUCGGGGUUGACGAUGUCUCCCUCUACGGGACGCCGAAGGAGGAGCUGGGCCCGGGCCUGCCUGGCCAAGAGGUCAAGCAGAGCUUCAUCAAGAACCAACUGCAGGCCCUGUUCCAGCCAACGGACAACAAGCUGGCGAUGAAGCUGUUUGGCAGCAAAAAGGCCCUCAUGAAGGAGAGGAUCCGGCAAAAGGCAGCCGGCCAUUGGGUCAUACAUCCUUGCUCCAGUUUUCGUCCUGAAUUAGAAAAUAUCCAUAUAGAUGCAAAACAUAUACAAUUUUACAAACCAAAGGAAGCUCCAAGGAUCCGCAGGUGUAAUCAGUGGAGAGAGUCGAUAAGACAAGUGCAAGUCAUACGUAUAAUGCAGCAGGACAACGCCGAGCAGGUGAUACUGGACCCGAAGUUGAUAGCGAGGCACUACCUAAGGACGUGGUUCUUUCUCGACCUCAUCUCCUCCAUACCGCUCGACUACAUUUUCCUUAUAUUUAAUCAAUUUCAGGAUUUCAGCGAGUCCUUCCAGAUACUGCACGCUGGCCGUGCCCUAAGGAUUCUCAGGCUAGCUAAACUCCUGUCACUCGUUAGGUUACUGCGAUUAUCGAGACUGGUCCGAUACGUCUCGCAAUGGGAAGAGGUCUAUAUCCCCCUUUACCAACAGCCGGAGAGGCACUACGAGCGCCGGGCUACACCGCCCCAACCAGACCGAACCAGCAAGGUUUUACAAAAGAUUAGAAAAAAGAAAAAGAAAAGAAAAGGUAUUCGGGUUUCAAUACCGAAAAAAAAGAAAAAAAAAGUCCGAGUACUCGUGGUAGAAUAAAGCCUGUGACGUUGUUGUUGGCAGUUCCUGAACAUGGCGUCGGUGUUCAUGCGGAUCUUUAACCUGAUCUGCAUGAUGCUCCUUAUCGGCCACUGGAGCGGCUGCCUGCAAUUCCUCGUGCCGAUGCUGCAAGGCUUCCCGAGCAACUCGUGGGUCGCCAUUAACGAAUUACAAGACUCGUUUUGGCUGGAGCAGUACUCGUGGGCCCUGUUCAAGGCGAUGUCGCACAUGCUGUGCAUCGGAUACGGCAGAUUUCCGCCGCAAUCGCUGACGGACAUGUGGCUGACGAUGCUGAGUAUGAUCAGCGGGGCCACCUGCUACGCCCUUUUCCUCGGCCACGCGACCAAUCUCAUUCAAUCCCUCGACUCGUCGAGGAGACAAUACCGCGAGAAGGUGAAACAAGUCGAGGAAUACAUGGCCUACCGUAAACUACCACGGGAAAUGCGACAAAGGAUAACCGAGUACUUCGAGCACCGCUACCAGGGCAAGUUCUUCGACGAGGAGCUCAUACUUGGCGAGCUCUCGGAAAAACUGCGAGAGGACGUGAUAAAUUACAACUGCAGAUCGCUCGUAGCGUCCGUGCCGUUCUUCGCGAAUGCCGACUCGAACUUUGUCUCGGACGUCGUUACGAAACUUAGAUACGAAGUCUUCCAGCCAGGUGACAUAAUAAUAAAGGAGGGAACGAUCGGCUCCAAGAUGUACUUCAUCCAGGAGGGCAUAGUCGACAUCGUGAUGGCGAACGGCGAGGUGGCGACCUCGUUGUCCGAUGGCUCGUACUUUGGCGAGAUCUGCCUGUUGACGAACGCGAGGCGAGUUGCGUCGGUCAGAGCCGAGACCUACUGUAAUUUGUUCAGUCUCUCGGUCGAUCAUUUCAACGCGGUGCUCGACCAAUACCCGCUGAUGCGCCGCACGAUGGAGAGCGUUGCCGCCGAGAGGUAUAAGCUUUGGUUAGGUUUGUUCUAUCGAGUCCAUAGCAUGGAAUUGAGGUCGCUGCCGGGAAGUCUGCUGCCAAGGCCAAAGUCCGAGAACAACUUCACCAGCCAGGAGCUGACGCGCGAGGGCCGCACGAUAUUCCACAAGAGUGACACCUUCCACAAGGACACGUAUCAAUGACGGCACUCCUACUACUAGCCCUCGCAGCGGUACUAAUGGCUAGACCACCCCCCACACGAGCGGUACGGGACUCCCGGAGUCGUUACCAACUUCUUUCCUGUCAACCCCACGUAGUGAUCAUCCUUGGACGAUUCCCUUCCGCUGUUGACUUUUAUCUCCCCCUCCCCCUGCGUUUUGCAUCGACGAAUGGAUCGAUAAAGUGACAAAAAUCGCCUCAAGGAGUUCCGUGGACGUUUCUCCAGCAAAAGUUGGCAUUGUAACAAAAUAUACGAAAGUGCGUGUGUACCUCAAGUGCAUGGUGAGGAGAAAGGAGGGAUGACGGGCCGCUGGACUGUGCGAGAAAAAGUAAUCGAAAGUCGACGAAUCGCCAAAAAGUUAUGUUUCGGCAAGUGCGCGAGUCGCGUCUUUGGUUUGUUUCUUCGGAUGAAUAUAUGUAAAUGUGUAUUGAAAGUGUGCGCGCGGCGGUACAGCUGAAACCGAUCAAGUGCUAUAAAGUAACGACGAGUGGGAGGGAUGAAGAGAGAGAGAGAGAGACACGAAGACUCUUUGGAGGACCCUUUAAAUCCGCGAAAGCAAACAAAAACGAAAAAACAAAAAAAAAAAAAAAAAAAAAAAAGCGUAGGACUAUUUUAUGCGACCGAUGUAAAAAACAAAUUCACGCACGUCAAAUGGUGAAAGAGAGCAGAGGCCUAUUAAACAAAAGAAACAAAAAGCAAAAUAUUAAUUAUUAUUAUAGAAGAAAAAAAUAAAUAAAUAGAAGAAAACGUGCGAGUGUGCGCUGGCGUUGGUGAACAAACAAAUGAAGGGGGGGAAAAAAAGAAGAAAAAGAAGAAGAUGUUACGUUGUCUGUUAUUAGCUAAAGUAUUAAAUGAGAGGAAAACAAAACCUUUAGGGGAAAAAGUUAUCGAAGCACGAUUUUCUAUGCGUAUAUUAUUAAUAUAAUGAAAUCGACGCCAUAGAAUAGUGAAGCAAAAUAAACAAAAAUUACUAAGGUAGCAGAGAGAGCGAGAGUAUAAGUAUGAAAAUUUAGUAAGAAAAGUAAUCCUUAGAAAAUUUUUCGGCCAACCAGAAGAGGAACACGUAGUUUUUUAAUUUUCAACUUUUACUCUCGAGGAUCUAAUGUUUCGAUGCAUAAAUUCUGUAUAAAUGACUGUAUGAGCAAAACAAAAAAGGAUAUGUAUAGGCUAGAUUACGAUGCAAUAAACAGAUGGACGUUGAAUGUUGGUAGAGCUACGAGUUUUGAAUUGUUAAGUCGUGUGAGUGGGUAAAAAGUCAGGUUUUGUUUGCAAUUGAUAUUUGUAAAACAAAAACAAGAGAAAAAAGAAAAACUUUCGUUCUCAAAUAUUCUAGGAGUAUAUUUUUAUAUUUUAGGAAUUAAGAGGAACAUUUUUCUAAUAGAUCUGUCGAAUUAUAUUUUAACCAUAAUAGAUCUUUAUACGUUUUUAAGUUCAUGAUAACAUCACGUGCUAAUACCGAGUUAUGGGAAUGUGAAAUCAUUUUAUUAUAAAUACAAUGAAUAUUUUUUAAUUGAAUCGAACAAACUAAUUAUUUUUUUACCAUUUAUUGCGACGAUCGAAAGCACGUAUAUUGUUUCAAUGAUGAUAAAUAAAUCACUUAUUUCACAUUCCCUUAAAAUUUAGGAUAGUGUGUUCAAUGGUGCUUUCUCACUAAGAAUUUUUGUAGAUAAAUCCUAAGUCUUAGUAAACGUACGAAUGUCAAUUGUGAACACACAUGUAGUCGAAUUACUAACAAAAAUUAAGAAAUUAAUUGGAAUCUGCAAGACCGUCUUUUACAAGCAAAAAGGCAGAUAAAAUUAAAAAUCAAGUUGCGCAGAUUAAAAAAUUGAAAUGCAAAGGUUAUACGCGACGACACUCCGAGCCCAAAGACCGUGUUACAUUGUUGAGUGAUCUUUGGGGUUUCCGAGAUAGCGGGAUGAGAAAAAAAAUGGAAUUGA